AUGUUGUCCGAGAAUCCACAUCCUAUGUCACUUUUUCGAUCACCGUCACGAUCCCAAAAUCAUAAUUCAUCUCCUAAUUCACAACCACAACAAAUUCAAUCUUUACAAGAUUCACAAAAGAAAAGUUCUUUCAAACGACCAAUUAUCACAGGUCCUAAUACUCCUCCAUUAACACCACCCCGUCAUCAUCGUCCUUAUAAGAGACGUAGUUCUUCAACCUUGGUUGUUAAGAAAUCAGAUGGUGCCAUGGUUAGUUUGCUGAACGAUGAAGAAGAGUCGACCUUAUCUCCAACUUCUUUGUUUUCUGACGACGAAUCGGUGUUUUCUUCUGUCUCUAGUUGUGGAUGUUCUGAUGAUGGUUUGACCUCUCAUAUACACUCUCCACAAAGACAACGCACAUCUUCAAAUCCCUCUCUCACAAAUACUACCACAGUAAAUAAACGUAAAUAUAUUUGUCAACAUCCUGAUUGUGGUAAAAGCUUUACUACAAGCGGUCACCUUGCUCGUCACAAUAGAAUACACACGGGUGAAAAAAAUUUCCCUUGUUUAAUGCCAGGUUGCACAUCAAAAUUCUCCCGUCAAGAUAAUAUGAUGCAACAUUACAGGACACAUUUAUCUUCAAAAAGUCGACGUGGUUCAAAGUCUGGUAUUCACACUCCUCCACCUCAGCCACAAACAUCUUGUUCCAAUAUUGAACCUCAAUCAAAACGUGUUAGAUUUAGAUCAAUGUUUCAAGAACCUGUUCAUUUACCUCCAAUCCAUUCCAUGAUGCCAUCUGUUAUCUCUUUACCUCAAUCUUCUUCACAUCAUCAUAUGAAAAGUG